UUGGCACACCACCUCCAAGAUCGCUCUCCCGGUCGUCGGUGUCUGUCUCUUGAACAAUCUCCAUGGGUGAUUGUUCUCCUCGAGGUUAUUAAGACAGAGUGGUGAAUCCGUUUGGAUCACUUGUCGCUUUUGAGCCUCCAGAUUCGAACUCACUCCCACUUACACGGACUCUGUUGAUGUCCUGGCCAAUAUUCUUUGAAGUCCUCGACGGAUGUGGAUUGCUAAUCUUAUCUUGCUGGCGCAAAUCGCAGUAAUAUCAAAACAACUUCGGCUCUUCUCGCGCCCAGAUCGUCACUGAGGAUUUGGGAGGCAGUGAGUGCUACUGACGUUGGCAGAAGCGGUCUGAUCCAUCCACACCAGCCAGAUCUAGUGCGUUUUUUUAGAGUGAUUUUGUUCUUGGACUCGCCCGUGAUUUAGUUGCAUUUUUUUGGACACCAUGUCGGUGGGACCGCCAACGCAGCAGACCCCUCAUCCCAUGCAUCAUCCCCAUGCUCACCAUCACCGCAUGGGCAUCACCACCUACUACCGAACCAUUUCGGUGGACAACAAGCCCACCACCGUCAUCAUCGGACCAAAUGGCGAACCCUUGAAACUCCCGGAGAGCCUCGAGUCUCUUCCCAAGUCUGAUCACUUCCCCACUCAACGCCACCGAUGGAACACUAAUGAGGAAAUUGCUUCCAUGCUGAUUGCAUUUGAUAGACAUCAGGAUUGGCUUUCCAAAGAGGUCAAAAUCAGACCCAAAAGUGGAUCGAUGUUGUUGUAUUCACGAAAGAAGGUUCGUUAUCGACGCGAUGGGUAUUGUUGGAAGAAACGAAAAGACGGCAAGACCACCAGAGAAGACCACAUGAAGCUCAAAGUCCAGGGAAUGGAGUGCAUUUAUGGUUGCUAUGUUCAUUCAGCUAUUCUCCCCACAUUCCACCGACGAUGCUAUUGGCUUUUGCAGAAUCCGGACAUUGUCUUGGUUCACUACUUGAAUGUUCCGUAUCCGGAUGACAAUAAAUUGGUCAUCGCCAGUUCGGUCUCGCUUUGGGGCGAAAAGAAAGAAUGGACCAAGGAGGAACUCAUCUCGCAACUAAAGCCCAUGUUUUUUAGUGAGGAGGAACCAGAUCUCAACAAUGAACUGGAGAUCUCCACUGCCGAGACGGUGGAGGCCAUUGUGACGCAAUUGAUGGAAAAACAACGGGCUGCUAGGACCGCGGCGCUCAACAAGCAGCUGGAGUGCGGUUGUCCAGACUCCACGAAUCCAGAGAAGUCGUGCGGGCAUGUCCGCAAGGUGCAGGCCACAAAGAGUGAGGCCCAUACGACCUCGGGAACAACAGGACACGCCAGUGGAGGUGGACCCGGCACAGGGGGUCGGGCUCCCUCUUCCAGAUCCACACACCACCGCAGAAUGCUCAUGCAACAACGCAUGCAACAGCAACGCCUUGAGGGUAACCAGUUUUUCAAGGCCAAUGAUCGGUACUAUGGGAGUCAUCCCUCUCAGGGCAAUGGGCCAUCCUCGUAUUCGCAAGUGUCCUCGACCACUGGUAAUGUGGACAGUCGGCAAAGCCCCGGAACCCCAUCCCCGCAAAACCAGCCAAUGAACCCCUCGCAUUUGGUGUUGUCAGUAUCUCAAAUUCAAACCAACAAUGGUCUGCUGAUUCUAAAUAAUCAGAACCACCACAACCAGCCCUAUCUCCCACAACACCCUGCCCAUCCCAAUCCUCAUCAACAUCAUUCAACCGGCAUGACAAAUCUCCACGCCCAUCAGCACCCCGAACAAGCCGUUUCAAGUAAUCAAUCCGAUUCGGUGGACAGCCAUGGAUCAUCGCGAAACUCACCCAGCGCAACCACAUCUGUGAGCUCGGCAUUAAGGUCUCUGAACAACCUGUCAGACUUUGCUUUGGAGAACAAUGGCAACUAUGAGCCCUACUCUGUCACGGACACGCUCCUCUCUGCUGGUGGCGAGUCCGAUUCGGCUCAUGGUGACUCUCGCGGCGCCAAUCGCAAUACCGAGGGAAAUCCCAAAGAGACCACCAUGCCCUCUGGGAACACCCCGCUCCUAGAUUUCAAAUCGGCCUUCCCAGAGAUGGACAGCAAGUCAGAAAUUAACUUCCAUCACGAGCCCCUGGAUAAUGACGACAUCUCGCGUACCCUUCAGGCCAACAUGCCCUCAUCAUACCAACAAAAGGCUCACCCUCAAAACCUGGUGGCGGGUCAUCAUGGCCCCGUUAGUCAUUCCCAUGGAAGCAACCCACACGGGUUGCACUCUCAUGGACAUCACUCGAAUCACCACCCAGUGGAUUUAAAUCCAAUGGAGUUCAUUGAGCAUGAUGUAGUCAACCCGUCGGCCGCGGGCUUUGAUGUGUCCUUGGACCCCUUCAACAUGCUGGACGAAUUCUCAGACUUGGACGGUAACCCGUCUCAUUAUACUCACGCCCAUGGAAGCAGCAUGGGGCCAUCCGGAUCGGUUGCUAAUCAUCCGAACGCGAUGGCCGGGUCUCCCCCCGGGGGCUCCGCUAUGCUUUCUCAACAUCUACCUGGACCAAUGCUAAGCAGUGUGUCCGGUGGAAAUGCUGCCCACCACAAGAACGGUGGAUUACUCAACCACGCUGGCAAUAGAGAAUUGGUUCAAAUUACGGACUACAGUCCCGAAUGGGCGUGGCCAGACGGCGGUAUCAAGAUUCUAGUCACCGGUCCAUGGCAUCACACGGCCAGCUCCGGAUAUCAGAUCCUAUUCGAUGAUGUGCCGGUUCCAACCUCUCUGGUACAAAAUGGGGUCCUUCGCUGCUACGCCCCAGCUCACAAGGUUGGAGAGGCGCAAUUGGAGGUGGCCCAAGAGGGUCAAAAAAUCAGCUCCCCUGUGAUAUUUGAGUACAAACCUGUUGCUCAAGAUGAGACACUUCGCCUUCUUCCCCCGUUUGCAUCCAUUGUUAUGGAUGCCGAGAUCAACCAGUGCUCCCCCGCCAUAAUGAGUGGGUCUUCUUCUUUAGAAGGCGGCCACUCCCCUACGAAACCAAGUACCGACUCUACGUUGAUCAAAAAUUUGGAAAACGAUUUUAUGAAGAGAGAGAAAUCCGUAUUUAUGAUAAAGAAUAAUGUGGCCAUUGCCCACGACGAAGAGAAGAAUUUAUCCUACCACGUUGAGAGAAUUUUAAAGUUUAACUUAUGGAAGAAAUUGGAAUCUAUUGUGAACGCCAUGACAGAAGAAGAAACCAAUGGUGCUGGCAAUGCGCAGUCAAAUCAUCUGAAAAUGGAAAAGAUAAAUGUGAUGGAAAACUCCCUGGUGUCAAUAGUACAAAGUCUGGCGUCAGCCACCAAAGUCGAAAAGCGGGGCCCUGCUAAUUCUUGGAAGUCUAAAUCCGAGACCCCGAACUUUGUGAACCUGAAGAGCCCCUCUCCGUUUUGGAGCCAAGAUGACGAGACCGCCUCCCAGAUCUCGUUCAAUUCCGACAAGCCCAACAAAGAGGAACAGAACACGCUCCUUCACAUCACAGCGGCCCUUGGCUACACAAAACUCACCUGCUCGCUUCUUCAAUGGUCGGAUGAAAACCCAUACGCUUUGUUAAGUAAAGAAAUUAAUGCUCUAGCCCAAGAUCAAGAAGGAUUUACGCCUUUGAUGAGAGCCUGUCUGAACGGGAAAGAGGAAACGGCGUUGUUGCUCUAUCAUUGGAACCCAUUGGCCUUGAAAGUUUUGAACUACGAUGGGGAGUCAUGUUUCGAUCUAGCUGCUCCUUACGACUGCCUCUGUUCCCAAUUGGAAAAAUUUGAGCGCAUCCGCCACUUAUCUGAACCUAGUGGCAAAACUGACGAGUUUGCAAAGCCCUCAAGUGUCUCCAGCAAAAAGCUCGAUGAAACGCAUCCGGACCCUUCCGGUGGGUUGACUUCCCUUCGGAAGAUCCGCUCUACCUCUCCUGCCUCAUUGGCCAGAAGUUUUCGAUCAGUCUCGCCGUCAAUGCAGCAGCCUUUGACGGUGAACGUGGACUUUCCAACUUCGACUGGGGUCUUGCAUCCUCGUCGCAGGCUCUCCAAACGAUCCUCGUUUGACUCGGGCAUUAACAUGCAUCAGGGUGACGGUUUCAGCCGACCAUUCUUGGACAAGAAAGAUGCCAAAACUGCUGCCAAAAGCUCUUUUUACUUAAGACGAAAUGCUAGUUCGGACAAGGUCUUUCAAAAGCCCUCGCAAGAGAACCCCCGGUCGCCAAUCAUCGAUGUAGAGGGUCUCUCAGAUGAAGACCAAGAGGAAAAAAGCAAGAAGAAACGCGAUAGCGUGUUCAAAGAACCUACUCCCGAGAAGCCGCUCCCCACCACGAAUCAUUUGGAUGAAGUGGAAGACCAGAGAGUCUUGACCCUGGCCGAGCAAUUCAUUGCCGCUAUGCCAGAUCGCAUCAAGAAUGAGAGCGAAUCAGAGCCCAUGUUGAUCUGUUAUCCAAGUCCGCAGGCCGGCGAAGGUACUUCCAUUCAGGAUAACUCGCAAUCCGAUGAUCUGGGAGUUGAAUCAAUGUGCGAUGAUUUGGAUGUGGAAUUCGACUUUAACUUUGAGGAGACUUGUAGCUACCGGGAGAACUUCACACCCAACUCCAGUCUGUCGCCCAAUUCAUCUUGUCUACAAAGCCCCGCCUCCUAUACAUUUGAGUCACCGUCACCCUGCGGGUCCCGCUCUUUCUCAGUGGACUUCAUCUCCCCACCCUGUACCACGGCGGAUCUGCAAGAGUUUCUUAUGGCUUCCGCGAAAUGUGAGAAGGAUUUGAGCAACCUAACUCUCUCAGAUCAGGAACAAAGAGAGCUGUAUGAAGCUGCACAAAUCAUUCAAAAAGCCUAUCGAUCCUACAAAGGCCGAAAGAUGGAAUCCGAGUAUCAGGAGAAGGAAGCCAAGGCGGCCGUUGUCAUUCAGAAUUACUAUAGACGCUACAAACAAUAUCUGUAUUGGAAGCAAAUGGCCAAGGCAGCCACGGUGAUACAGAACAAGUAUCGCAUCUACUGCGAGCACAAGCGGUUCAAGAAGUCCCAAGAGGCUGCCACCUGCAUUCAAAAUUACUAUCGGACUUACAAAGAGCAUCGGGACAGGCCUCGAGGUAGUCGAGAAUCCACACCAUCAAGUGGAUUAAAAAGGACCUAUUCUCAGAGACGACAACAUCAAGCGGCCAAAAAGAUCCAACAAUUCAUGAGGAAGACCCAUUUAAGGCCACCCUAUGGGACCGUGUUUGUGUUGAGGCGUUGUGGGCCCCCGUGGCGAUUGGAAUUACUCCCCACGGACUCGAGUCCAGUGUUUCGAAAGCCCUUGGGCCUAAUUGGAGCUGCGGAGCGAGCGGGGCCCGGAUGUUUCACUUGCUCCACGGGGAGCUCUGGCCCCAACUCCUCCUCUUCCGGGAACAGCGGUCCUCACGGAGGUCUCAACCCAUCCAAUCACGCUGCAAGCGCCAAUGGGCGUAAACGCGAGGCAGUCGGCCACUUUGGCCCAGCAGGCUCAAUCAUUCCACCCAAGCUCUCCUCAGCCGCGGCAGCCUACGCCAAUAGUCAAACCGGAGUGAAUGUGCCGCCACCACCACCACCACCACCACCACCAGGGGGCUCUGCCGCACACAUGAAGGCCUUGCCGCCUCACGCAACCUCCGCCUAUUAUUCGUUACAACAGCCGCCCCAUCAUCACCAUCAUCAUAUUAACAGCAACUUCAUGGCCGGAGUCGGCGCCCAUGGGCAACAUUUGAACGGGAACACGGGGAGCUACUAUGGGUGGGUGACGGGACCUAAUGGACACCCUGGAGCUCAUCAUCACCAUCACCCGCAUCAUAACCACCCAAUUCAUCACCAUCAUCCGAUUGUGAAUGGCGCCCAAAAGUGAACUGGUGACGGGAUGGAAAUAAUUUCUGGCACAUGACAUUCUCAUUAUGAUAUGUAGCUGAUCAAUUUGUAAACUCUUAGUACGCCCUCCCUUUCCCCCGUAAUACCAAGCCAUUUAUUGUGGCUGCUUUUGGAGCCACUGAAGCGCAACUUGAGUUUGACCUUUGAAAUGUCCUUUCUCCCUGACUUGAGCCCACUCAAAACUUAGAGUACAUUCGUUUUGUUCUUCAAUUCAAUUGUAGGUACCAUUGAACAACAGAAUCCACCACCGAGUAUGUCUUUGUCAGUAUUCUCUUCUUUAUUGAUAAUCAAAAUUUCUAAUAAAAAUUCAUUUGGGUUGAAAUGUUCACGACCUGUUGCCACCCAAAAAAGUAUCAGUG